AUGAACUGGAAAGGCACAUGUGGACAACACUGCAACACCAAGUCCAAUGAGAGGGGCUUGAGGCUCUUGGAAUUUGCCAGUUACAAUGACCUCAUGCUGGCAAAUAGGUUUGGCUCGCACAAGCCGUCAAGAAGAGCCACAUGGCACAGAUCCAGUGAAGAACACCAUAGCCAAAUAGAUUACAUUAUGGUGAAAAAACGCUUCCGCUCCGGUGUGAACGUAACCCAGACACGGAGCUUCUCAGGGGCCGACAUUGGGAGCGAUCAUGAGCUUUGUCUAAUGACCUUCAAGCUACACCUGAAGAAAGCCAACAAACUGGGCCACACAAGAAUAAAAUUCGACCUCGAAAGACUGAAAGACCCAGAGGUAGUAGAAGCCUUCCAAGCAACGAUUGCGGUGACUGAAGCGGCCAGUGAAAUCCUUGGAAAACACCGCUCAGUCAAAAAGCCCUGGGUCACAGCCGAUGUACUCAAUCUUUGCGACAAACGGAGAGACCUGAAGAAGAAAAAGAACGACACAGAAGGCGCAAAGCAGUACAAAGCAGUCAACCAAGAAAUCAAGAAAAGCAUGAAAAAGGCAAAGGAGAACUGGAUUGAAGAACAAACCACGGGAGACCCAGAGGUAUCGAAUGUCCCUCCAGCAACCAACAACGACGACCACCCCAUCCUUCGUGCAGAAGUGGAAGCAGCAAUAAAAUCGCUGAAGAAGGGGAAGUCAGCAGGAAUGUACAAUAUCCCAGGAGAGCUGGAACAGGCGGGGGGGGAGAUGAUCAGUGCUUUACUGACCAUCUGCAACAAGAUCUGGCAGACGGGGAAGUGGCCUACAUCUUGGACGCAGUUCCUCAUCAUCACCCUCCCAAAGAAAGGCAACUUACAGCUAUGCCAGAACUACAGAACUAUUAGCCUCAUCAGCCACCCGAGUAAAGUCAUGCUUAAGAUUUUACUGGACAAAUUGAAGCAACAAGCAGAGAAGAUCAUCGCUGAAGAACAUGCAGGCCUUAGACAAGGGCGCAGUACAACUGAGCAGAUCUUCAACCUCAGGAUACUGUGCGAGAGGUACCUACAACACCAAUAG